AUGGAAGCACUCGAACUACAGCGGUCCCGCGCUUCAGGGAAUGAUUCGCGCCGCUCCUCUAUUGAAGGACCUGUCUUGUCCGAUCACGACACCAUCGAAUCGCAAUUGCCGCCGGCUGACCAAGGGAAAGAUGCCUGGUUGUUCCUGACCUCCUGCUUCUUCCUUGAAGCAUUGAUAUGGGGAUUCGCCUUUUCAUUCGGUGUCUUUCAAGACUACUAUAGCACACAUGAGCCAUUCGCCCGCGAAGGCAAAAUUGCCAUCAUUGGCACAACGGCAACUGGGAUCAUCUAUAUUUCUGCGCCAAUUGUCUUUGGUCUCCUGCUAUCUUAUCCUCACUUAAAGCGCUGGUCUUGCCUGUCCGGUCUGAUAAUCAUGUGCUUGUGGAUCGGUUUAAGUUCGUUCUCGAGAACGACCUCAGACCUGAUUCUCUCGCAAGGGGUCGCCUAUGCCGUUGGGGCUGGACUUGCCUAUGCACCAACGAUUCUGUUCCUGGAUGAAUGGUUUGUUCGACGAAAGGGUCUCGCUUAUGGAAUAAUGUGGGCUGGCACAGGAGUAUCCGGCAUUGUGCUACCGAUCCUGAUGCAAUGGCUUCUCAAUUCCCAUGGACCUCGAACAGCACUCCGCACCUGGGCAGUGGCACUCUUCAUCUGCACAGCGCCAUUGAUAUACUUUGUCAAACCUAGACUUCCUAUCUCUCAUGCCUUCCGCGUGAAACGCUUCGACUUGAGCUUCGUAUGGAACAAAGUCUUUGUCGUGUAUCAAGUCUGCAACAUCGUGGAAGCCCUAGGAUUUUUUCUACCUCAGACUUAUCUACCAAGUUACGCUCGCAUUGUUGGAGCGGACAAUGUGACUGCGACACUGACGCUAGUCUUGGUGAAUGUUGCCUCUGUUUUUGGCUGCAUUGUAAUGGGCACUCUUACUGAUCGUUACCAUGUCACAACCUGUAUUCUGAUCUGUACGAUGGGGGUAGUUCUGGGUACAUUUCUUAUAUGGGGAUUUUCAACAACGAUUGGGCCGUUGUAUGUCUUCUGCAUUGUAUAUGGUUUUUUUGCCGGAUCUUUCAGCUCCACUUGGCCUGGUGUCAUCAGAGAAACUCAAAAACAGAAACGAGCUGCGGAUUUGGGCAUGGUAUUUGGCUUCCUAGCUGCGGGAAGAGGCAUCGGUAAUGUGGUGAGUGGGCCUCUUAGUGAGGUUCUCCUGGCAGGAAAUCCAUGGCGGAAUCCCGCAAAUUUUGCAUAUGGAUCGAGAUAUGGGCCCUUGAUUGUAUUCACCGGGGUCACGGCACUGCUAGGAGGGCUCAGCAUCAUUGCAAGGCCAUUGAAGUUGGUGUAG